AUGCAGGAUGAGAGGGGGUCGUUGUCCCACGACCAUGAACUGUCAAGCUUAAGCCCGCAUCCAUCGCGUAUCGGCCAAGUCUGUGACCGAUGUCGAAGCAAACGAGUCAAAUGCAAUGGAGCUAAGCCAAGCUGUGCAGCAUGUACUACGGCAAAUGUCCUCUGUGAAGUAUCCGCCACAUUGAAAAGGAAGACCAGAAUCCGGGGGUUUCCGACUAGCGAGGAUGCCAGAUUGAUCGAAAGUCUACGUGCACAAAAUGCCGAACUGCAGCGAAAGCUUCGAGCGGAAUGUGAAACGACAGAAGCACUGCGACAGGAGCUGGAUGGUUUGACGAGUCAAACCCAGGCUCAGCCUCACAAAAUCUCUGGAUCGUCAUGGGAUCAAUAUCCUCAGAUGGACGCAUCAGCCACCUUCCCCACACUGGAUGAAAUAGAAGCCGUGGUUGCUGAGAGAGCGGCUUAUGGCAUCAAACAUAUGGGUCGUUUAGUUUACGAUGAAUCUGGUACCGGUCGCUUUGCCGGUUCGACCACCGGAGUUCAUUUUGUGCUGAUAACACAGGAAGCAUGCGCGCAGUACCUCAACUAUGAUGGUCAAUUCCCCCAAAGCUGUUAUAGCCUAUAUCUACUCCAGCCAACCAUCAAUGGUGACAAAAGUCCUGAGUGUGAGUAUGGGACAAUAAUGUCGAAUUAUGCAACCUUCGCAAGUGGUAUCAGACGACGUUUAUCUUUGCCUUUACUCUACUAUGUCCAACAAAUCGAGAUGUUCAGAGCUCGAUGGGAAAGCUUCUGCCCUGUUCUGGUCAAGUCUGAGAUGGUGAGAGAUGUACAGACACUUUUGACAACUCUGUCCGACGAAACUGUAGCCCCAAUGAUCGACUAUUCCACCGUUAUGGCUAUGCUCAUGGUCAUGGUCUUCAAUGAACUUGGCCAAGAGAUCGACCAGCGUGGUGACGUCGAAGCUGAUGAGCUUCGCAAGGAGAAAUUCGACCUUGCUGCUCAUCUCCUUGGACCAGUAAGUGCCUGCGGUGAUCUCAGGGCACUCCAAGCAAUAUCAUUAUUUGCUUUUUACAUUCAGAUCAUAGGGCACAGUACAUGGUUACUCCAACUGAAUAGCGUCAUGGUUCGUAUCGCUCAAUCUCUGGGACUUCACCGCCAUGAUCGACGAUUCAAGUAUAAAAGUGGUCUUGUGGAACUGAGGCGGCGUAUCUGGUGGUGGAUAUAUCUGUUUGAUAAGAUCACUUCAACCGUGCAUGGCCUCCCAAGACUGAUAAACGACACUGAUGUCGAUAAUGACAUGCCUGUCGAUUGUAUCUUGGACGACAUCAACAAAGAAGAAGUCUCUUACCCACUUCCAGGCGAUAUUACACCUUUAGCAUGCUUCAAUCAGUCCAUCCUGUUAAGUCUGAAGCUUUCGAUAAUCCUCGAGCAACUAUAUACCACGACGCAGCGCCGAGAUAGUGUGGACAAGAUCACGCGCCUGGACAGGAAAUUGCGCCUUUGGAACCAGACUUUCAAUACGCUGCCUCACAUCACUCCCUUUGAGAUAGGGGAGCCUUCGCACCACCUUGGUGGAGCGGGCCAGCAGAGUUGGAAAGAGCUCAGCACGAUGUGGCUUCAACUUCUGGCCAACAUUGCAAUGGUCUUAAUUCAUCGUCCUGCAUUGACGUUCCCCCCGGACACCCCUGAGUUUGCGGCUAGCCUCAACGCAUGCGUCAAGUCCAGUAGCGUCAUUCUGGAUCUACUUGCAGAUGAUGUGGUCGGCAUUUGGCUCCGGAGCAUACGCCCAUCAGGUCCAAAUGUGGUCUUUCAAAGUGCUUUGAUGCAUGUCUACGCCUCGUGCAACACGAUCAGGACCACGCGAGUUGCGGGUCCGGACAAGGUGACGACCCUCAAAGUGAUAUCCCGAGCGAUCGAACUUCUCACGUUGUACGUACCAGGCUAUGGAGACCCAACAUCAAUACAUUAUGAUCCUGGAGGCAUUCGAUCGCAGUGGGUUGGUGAUGCGGUCAGUACACUCCGGUCUCUUGAAGUGGCUCUCUCGGAGAGCUCUGAGAUCGAGAGUCCUGAUGGACUGGGUGUGAUUGCUGGAGCCAAAGCGCCUCUGACAGAAAAUAUGUCGCAGACUGUGGAAAUACAGUCUACCAUGACAGCCAUCGAUUCGUGGGAUAUUUCCACGGAUUGGUUAUGGUAG